UAUUGAUUGAUGUUUCCAUAAAUUUAGAGGUAAGGUUUAAAUUAAUAAUGUCAGCUCCAACAGUUCUAGAAUUCCACGCUUCAUUCAUCCUCUCCAUUUCCAACGCUUCAACUACUCGUGUUCUUCUAAUUCAUAGUUAAUGCUUGCGAAUUGCUGUUGUUAUUGGAGAAUACGAAUCAAGCAAUGGAGUUCAAUGGUCAGAUUUCGGAAGGCAACACCAUAAAGAGGAUUUUUGUAAUUAAUCAACUUUGCAAGGAAUUGUGUCAUUGUUCCAAAUCAAUAUCGACUUCAUAUAACACAAAGAAACUAAGGUCUACAAGGGAGGUGAUUGGAUGUAUCCCGAAACUUUGUACAAGUUGGUUUCCCUUCAAUCAAUAGAAGCCUGCAAUUACAAUGACACCAAUCUUUUAGAUAUUUUGGGGAUUGUUGUACAUGCAGGUAAAGCUUUUGUUUGUAACGAUGAUGCAACCCGUAUGCAAGAGGUUGUUGUUCUAGAUAGAAGCUGCGUUGCUGUUAGAUUGAUCCUUAUGAACCAAUUUGUUAGUGAAUAUGAAAACGAGGUUCAACAAAGUGCUGGGCAAUAUAACACACUAUUGGCUUGUGGGGUGUAUGUUAGGAAAAUGAAUGCUUAUUUUCUAAUCACAGGAAGAUACACAAGGUUAUUUAUCAAUCCAAAUAAUGUAGAUGCAUCAACUCUCUUGGAUUGGUUUGUCUGUGAUAAUUUUGCCAAGAGGAAGAUGAAGUGGUUUAAUAAUUGUGGACUAUCAAUAAAUCGGGCAUUGUCGACUUCAAAUGCAAUCCGGACAACUAUAGCGAGCUACAAACGAAAAAGAAAAGGAAAGCACUACAGAAUGGUUGGGAGAUUAAUUGAUAUCGAUGUUGAUAGUUUUACAUGGUAUGAUGCUUGCACAUUUUGUGGACUUGAUAUACAACAUGUUAGUGAGCAUAUGAUUUGUAGUAAUUGUAACAAAGAAAAGCCUCCAACAACUAUUAGUGUUUCUGGAUAUAUGACUAUACUCGACUCUACCGGUACAAUGUGUGUCAAGCUCUUUACAAAACAGAUUGAGUUUAUACUUCAUUCAACUAAAGCAAAAUUGAAGCACAUGUUUGAUGCGGUGCAUGAUAGAGUUUUGCUACGAGCCGAACUUCUUACACGUGUGCGCAAUGCAUAUAUUUUCGUAUUUCAUCCUCUUCAUCUACCGGCUUAUAUAGUAGACUAUGUAACUUAUGUCGACUGGGCAGAAGAAUGUGCAUAUUUAUUUAAAAUGAGGAGCACAUUGAAUGUCCGGCAGCAAUAAACCAUAAUGAAUCGCAUCACUUUUUUAAAAUAUUAGAAUAAAAGACUCCGACGUUUUACCUUAGUAUUGUUUGUCAAUCUCUUUAGUUUAAAAACACCAUGAAGCUCUUACAUUAGUA